AUGAACCGACUUCGGCCCCCCAGGGAGCCUAGUCCCAUACUGAGUGAUUCCUUCACCGGGCGAAAGAGGAUCACACUGGCUCCGGGUCACUCAUUGAUGGAUUGGAUCCGUUUGGGUCGCACACGUGGAGAUCUCAGUGGUGUGGGCUCGAACAAGAUCAAUGUUACUGCAGGCGAGUUGGCUGUUCAUAACACCCAGAAGGAUUUAUGGAUGGCUUUGCGAGGCAAGGUGUACAACAUGACCCCAUAUAUGGAGUACCACCCGGGGGGCAUCGACGAGCUGAUGAGAGCUGCCGGCAAGGAUGGGACACUCUUGUUUGAUGAG